CUACAUUCACUGCCCGUCUACAUUGGUUGCUUCAACAUUGAGGAAGGACAUCACGACCAUGUCUACACGAGAUGCGGAUAAGGACCAACCGUACAUACCCCAUAACAGUCUAAAGCAGGAUGGCUAUUCCAAAGACGGCGAGGCGACAGCUACAUGCUACUGCGGAGCCAUACAAUUAGCAUUCCCGACCACCGCUCCAGGCCUCGUAGACACCUUCGUCUGUCACUGCACCGAUUGCCGUAAGAUCACAGCGUCAGCUUUUACGUCAGCCUUCAUUGUCGCGGCUUCAGCUGUCAAGUACAUUCGCGGCCAGGACAACUUGAAGAAGUUCUCACAGUCCCAGACGACUGCUUCUGGCCAGGCAAUGACGAACUAUUUCUGUGAUACAUGUGGGACGCUCAUGUACCGGCUGAGUGAGCGGCAUCCCGAGUUCAGCAUAAUGAGGCUUGGCACUGUAGACGAUCUGAAUUUGAUGGAAGGAUUGCUAAAACCCAGACGGGAGGUUUACGUCAAGGAUAGGGUAAGCUGGGUCCAUGAAGUGGAAGGAGCAAGGCAGAGUGAGAUCUCCAAGUAGCUGUUGAAAAUCAAAGUUGGGAAAAUGAACAAUUACCAUAGCUGUAACAUGGGGAAAGUUCACUUUACGGUGUUGUCUUAGAUACAAGGUUCAUUGGUAUCCUAGCUUAAUGUAGCACCUGCUCAACAAAACAAGGGUGAA